AUGGGCAGCCCGACGGGCAACCCACAUAUGGAAGGCGCGGACAUAGUCGGCGCCGAGGAGAGCGAGAACCAGCAGCUCCAACGUAGUCGGCAGCAUGGGGCGACGAUCGCCGUGCUCCAGCGUCAGCAGGAGAGGCUCACCACCAGCCUAGGGCGACUGAAGUGCUCUCGCAGCGAGAACGCGCACGAGGGGAUGGAACGAGUUCAAGGCAUCGGGAUCAUGACGCACCAGCUGCAUAAUAUCGAUCACGCGAUCCAGAUCGCCACAGGGCUCAUGGGGGGCCCAUUCCCAUGGGAAACGACGGACUACGCCCGCAAGCAGAACGACGAGCUCGAAGGCUGCUACGCGAAGUGGUCGAAGAGCAAGCACGGGCUCGGGCGCGACAUCGCCGACGAGAGGCAGCAUCCCGUCCCUCUCGCGCCAUCGGGAGCGGCCGCCCACCAGAGGCGCGCGGAGUGCCACAAGCCGUCGGCCUCAGUGCAGGGGUGGAAAGCCCACUAUUUACUGAUGGAGGCGCCGACCACCAAUAGGGCGAACGGCGACGCCAGGAUCACGAGCGAGGAAGUGGCCACUAAGGUAGCUUCAUGCGACAAGGUGGUCGCUGACGCUGCCAAGCUUCGCACUGCCUACAAGGAGCAGAAAACAAGGCUGGCGAAGAAGGACGAGUGGGCGGUGGAGGCCCGCGCGGAGGCGAGGAAGCUGAAGUCUGAACUGGACUUCUGGCGUGAGGAGCACUCAGAGCAGAUUCAGCAGGCCAAGGACAGCAAUUCCGCUGGAUGGUUCUCCGGGCUCGACUUGAUGACGUGGGGGAGCUCUGAGACUUGCUCAACGGAUACUGGCCAGGCCAGCGAGGCGAACCGAGAGAGCCGCGAGAGGGACGAGCUCCUCCGGGAGGUGCGGUGCUGGAAGGCUAUGUACGCCAAAGAGGCGAGGCUACACGAGACGGCGGCGGCAAACGUUGCGAGGCUGGGGGCAGAGCUUGCCCACUGGCGCAGGCACGAGGACAGGUCCACGAAGAGCGAUCGCACCGCCCACGAGAAGUCCACGCGGAGCGACGCCGCCCACGAGAAGUCCACGCGCAGCGACCGCGCCUUUAACGACAGGUCCACGAAGAGCGACGCGCACAGGGUGUCGCACUCGGCGGAGAACCUGCAGGGCGACCCGCUCGAGCGCCACAACUCGCUGCCCAUCUACGCGGGCCUGUCGGACGACCCCGCCUGGCGCGGCCGGGGCGCCGGGAGCACACCGAGCGUUGGGAGCUCUCCGUCGCACCCGCUGGUGCCCCGCCUCGACCUCAAGUCGAUCUCGCAAAAGUGACCCUGCUGCUCUGACUUCUGCAGAAGGCACGUCUGCAACGUCGCCGCGCACGGCCAGAGCCGUCCGGAGCCCUGGCCUGGUGUGCGCAUCCUCCUGGCCUUGGGCGGGCGUGCGCACCAUGCCAGGGCCCAGGGGCGGCUCUGGCCAGGCACGAUGGUUGCUGUGUAUACGUGCCUGUGCCCAUGCUUUGGCUUGCGCGCUUUCCGCAAGCCCUUCGCCAGAGCCGACGGCCGAGGUGGCAGGUUGUUUUCCGGAGCGCCGCGGGGGUGCACGGCACCUUCGCGCCCACGCUCCAGGCAGCAGUGGCUGUCGCCCAGCCAGCCCUCUCCACUCCUCUGCAUCCCGCUCCUCGCCCUCUGCUCCUCCCUCUCCCCCUGCCUCUGCCCGCGCCAGUGUGCCAGAUGAGGGCGACGUGUCAGUGCCAGC